GAAGAUAUGGAUCUGUCCAAGCAGAACAAAGAGUGCUACAUUUUAGCGAUGAGGGGAGAAUGGGAUAAUCUGGGCAAGGUAUGUAAGGAAGCGUGGAAGCUGGUGCUUCCGAUCACUGGCAGUGGAGACACGUCGCUGCAUUUGGCAGUGCACAGUGGAAAAGAAGAACCUUUAAAAACCUUUCUUGCGCAGGUGAUGGAGAUUGAGUACACAUUGUAUUGGAAGAGCUUCGCUGAAAACACACCUCUACAUGAAGCUGCCACUGUCGGGAAUUUGGGUGCUGUUAAGCUCUUGGUUGAGUUAAGGAAGGAGGAUUUGUUGGAGAUGAACAUUAGGGGUGAAACGCCUUUGUAUAGGGCAGCCAGAUAUGGGAAACUCGAGAUCGUUGAAUAUAUUUUGAAUGAAUGUGAAGAUUAUUACACUCGAUCUCCCCUAAAUUGGAUGGCAAAGGGUACUCCAAUCAUUCAUGCAGCCAUUCAAAGCGAGAACUUUGAGAUGGUUAUGAUGUUGGUGGAUUUCGACAAGUCACUGUUGGAGAUGAAGGAUUCAAAAAACCAGACGGCUCUCCACGUGCUGGCCAAUAUGCCACACAUUUUUGAGAGUGGAUACCUGAAGGGAUUUUGGGCCAAAUUGAUCUAUGAUUGGCUGCCUGAGGACAAGAUUUACCCAUUUAAUUUUUUUAAAUUUUGCUCUGUGAACCACAAUGACUCUACAAGUUCAAGUACCCACCUCGAGAUUUAGAAGCAGGAUUUGUCGCUAAACAUAAACAUAAUUGGUGUUCUAGUUUGGGUACAAAUGUUAGACAAAGUUUGAAGAGGUUGGUCGGGAGAUUAAUCAUGCGAGGGUGGCCUAAAUGCAGAGAUCUGUACAAGAAUAAGCAAAGACAUAAAUUAAUUCUAAGAAUCACUGAAAUGCUAGUGGACAUAGAGUUGGACAUAGAUUUGUCAUGUUGCCGGAAAAAACAGGAGCUCGACAGCAUUCAUGUUAACGUAUUAGAACUAGCAAAAGACCGAUGGUAAAAAUAUUGAAUACAUGGACUACCAUGAGACGCCAUUGUUACUGGCCGCAGCCAGGGGAAUAAUAGAAGUGGUUGAAAGGAUCAUCAAAGCCCACCCACAGGCUGUGGACUACGUGACAACAAACGACAGAAACAUUCUACAUGUCAUCAUUGCACACCGACAACUCAACAUCUUUGAAUGGAUUCAACGCCGAGAUCUUAUCUUGCACAGACUGGCCAAGAGGAUCGACGUGUUGGGCUACACAGUAUUGCACCAUGUUGGAAUCACUAAAUUCCUCAAUCAUUCCACCUUUGGUCCAGCAAUACAGCUUCAAAAUGAGAUUGACUGGUUCGAUCGCGUCCAUGAAAUGAUUCCGCACCCAUACAACAUGCAUUAUAGCAAAGACGGUUGGAAACCCCGUGAGUUCUUUGAUGAAACUCACCAGGAUAUGCUUGAUAAAGGCAAAGAAUGGAUCAAGAAAACCUCCGAGUCUUGCUCUGCUG